UUGACACUUCAGCACCGACGUGUUUUUCACACCGAUGGUAUAUCAUUUCGGUCGUAGCAGUUUCUUAAGCGUUUGUUAAUGGUUUUCAAUUAAUAAUUGUCUAGUAUUACGAAUAGUAGUGAAAUCCUAGGAUUCUGCGAAGGAUAAAUAACCUCUGCUGUGAUGACUACUUACGAGGAAUUCAUCCAGCAGAAUGAGGACCGGGAUGGGAUCCGCUUCACCUGGAACGUUUGGCCUUCCAGCCGGUUGGAUGCCAGCCGAAUGGUUGUCCCGUUGGGAUGCCUGUAUCAGCCGCUGAAGGAACGCCCCGAUCUUCCACCGAUUAUGUACGACCCAGUAGUUUGUACGAGAACCACUUGCCGAGCAAUCCUGAAUCCGAUGUGUCAAGUGGACUACCGAGCUAAGUUGUGGGUUUGUAAUUUUUGCUUCCAGCGAAAUCCAUUCCCUCCGCAAUAUGCCGCCAUCUCGGAACAGCACCAGCCAGCGGAACUAAUAGCUGGUUUCAGCACGAUUGAGUAUACAAUUACCAGAGCGCCCUGCUUGCCACCAGUGUUUCUGUUUGUGGUCGAUACCUGCAUGGACGAAGAAGAACUAACAGCCCUGAAGGACUCACUUCAAAUGUCGCUAAGUUUACUGCCGGCUAACGCCCUAGUAGGUUUGAUCACAUUUGGAAAGAUGGUACAAGUUCAUGAACUCGGAAUCGAUGGUUGCUCGAAAAGCUAUGUAUUCCGCGGAACGAAGGACUUGAGUGCUAAGCAGAUUCAGGAUAUGUUGGGUAUUGGACGAGCUCCUGGUCCCAAUCAACAACAGCAACAGAGAGUACCGGCGGGACCAGUUCCACCAGCAAACCGAUUUUUGCAACCACUUCACAAAUGCGAUAUGGCACUAACCGAUCUACUGGGAGAACUACAGAGAGAUCCCUGGCCAGUUCCUCAGGGAAAACGUUUUCUACGAUCGACUGGUACAGCUCUCUCAAUCGCAGUAGGUUUACUGGAGUGCACUUAUCCGAACACAGGUGCUCGUAUCAUGAUGUUCCUCGGUGGACCAUGCUCCCAAGGCCCCGGUCAAGUAGUGGAUGAUGAGUUGAAACAUCCGAUCCGAUCACAUCACGACAUCCAGAAGGACAAUGCCAAAUUUAUGAAAAAGGCUAUCAAACAUUAUGAAGGCUUGGCACUGAGAACAGCUACCAAUGGACAUUGCAUAGAUAUUUAUUCCUGUGCGUUGGAUCAAACCGGUUUGAUGGAGAUGAAGCAAUGUUGCAAUUCGACUGGAGGGCAUAUGGUCAUGGGGGAUUCCUUCAAUUCAUCGCUGUUCAAGCAAACCUAUCAGCGGGUGUUUGCUGUGGAUCAGAAAGGAGAUCUUAAGAUGGCAUUUAAUGGAACUCUGGAGAUUAAGUGUUCCCGGGAACUGAAGAUCGAAGGUGGAAUAGGAUCGUGCGUGUCUCUGAAUGUAAAAAAUGGUGCCGUAGCGGAUUCAGAGAUUGGAAUGGGAGGCACCGCCCAAUGGAAAUUAUGCACCAUGACACCGAAUAGUACGAUGGCGUUUUUCUUUGAAGUUGCAAACCAGCAUGCAGCGCCGAUUCCGCAAGGCGGACGCGGAUGUUUACAAUUUAUCAGUCAGUAUCAGCAUUCCAGUGGUCAGCGACGAAUCCGCGUCACAACGGUGGCACGUAGCUGGGCGGAUGCGACCGUUAAUCUGCCCAUGAUUAGUGCGGGUUUCGAUCAGGAAGCCGCUGCUGUGCUCAUGUCUCGAAUGGUUGUCUACCGAGCUGAGUCGGAUGAUGGUCCGGAUACGCUUCGCUGGGUCGAUAGACAGCUCAUCCGCCUGUGUCAGAAAUUCGGCGAGUACAGCAAAGACGACCCGAACAGUUUUCGACUGGCGGAGAAUUUUUCUCUUUUUCCUCAAUUUAUGUACCACCUACGCCGGUCCCAGUUCCUGCAGGUGUUCAACAACUCGCCCGAUGAAACUACUUUCUACCGGCACAUGCUCAUGAGGGAAGAUCUCACCCAGUCACUCAUUAUGAUUCAACCAAUCCUGUACUCGUACUCCUUCAACGGUCCGCCAGAGCCGGUCCUGCUGGACACAUCGUCAAUUCAACCGGAUCGCAUUCUGCUGAUGGAUACCUUCUUCCAAAUUCUUAUCUUUCACGGCGAAACGAUAGCGCAGUGGCGUAACCUCAAGUACCAGGACAUGCCCGAGUACGAAAAUUUCAAGCAGCUACUGCAGGCACCGGUGGAUGAUGCUCAGGAGAUUCUGCAGACCCGAUUCCCCAUGCCACGAUACAUCGACACGGAACAGGGUGGUUCCCAGGCACGAUUCCUGCUGUCCAAGGUUAAUCCUUCGCAGACGCACAACAACAUGUACGCCUACGGACAGAUGACGGCACCAACAGCGGAUGGCGGAGCCUCGGUUCUCACGGACGAUGUAUCACUGCAGGUCUUCAUGGAGCAUCUUAAAAAGUUAGCCGUUUCUUCCACAACAUAAACCGUGCGCACCCACUAGAAGCGAUUUGUGUCACCACUUUACUUCUAUUUUAUCAGCUCGGAUAUUCGUGUACUACUAAUUCUCCAAUAGAUUGUAUAUCUAUCGUCACGCCAGUAUUUGACUUUGUGUAUCGGUGUUGUUAGGCAUUUAAUUGUGCGCGAUCAUUCAGCGUGACGACACUUUCAAUUAAACUGCUGUUUAUCCGAGUUGUUUCAGCAUUGGACUCUUGAUUGUGAAUCGCAUCAACGCUGAUGUGACGAGUACUGUUAAUGGACAUGUUCAUGUAGGAAAUAAAUCCGUUAUAUAACGUUGGAAAAACUAAAA